CUCUGCGUAACCAUUUGUUUGACCUGCGCAACUAUUCCAUUUUUCCUGAGAACCUAUGUUCGAGCUUUCGUUCGCCGAGAAUGGCUGUUCGAAGACUGUAGUUCUUUUCUGACUUGCAUAAUCAAGGGAGGCCUCGUUAGUUAUUGUGGUCUGAUGACGACAGUGAUGAGCAGACAUGGCGGCGUCCACCAGUGGGAUCUCACUGCGGAUGAAGUGCAUAGCGCCCUUUUUUGGUUUAACAUCACGUCGAUUGAGUACGGCAUCGAAAUCCUCAUUUGCAAACUCACUAUUUUGACGAUCUACCGCCGGGUCUUCGUUCCUCAGCGUUGGGAAUUCUUUGAUAUCCUGCUACGUAUUUUUGAGGUUAUUCUGAUUUCGUUCUAUUUCUCAAUUACAGUAGUGAAGAUAUUUGAAUGCAAGCCAAGGGCUCGAAUCUGGAACAAGAAGUUGGCCGGAACAUGCAUCAACGUGAAUACCAUGUUGAAUACUAGUGGCAUGUUCAAUUUUACGACCGAUGUCCUCCUAUUACUGGUUCCAGUGAAAUCCGUCUGGAAAUUACAAAUGAAAAAGUCGAACAAAAUCCGAGUUGUUUUGAUUUUUACAUUUGGGAUGAUCGCUCCUGUUUUCAGCUUGAUAGGAUUCCUCGUCCGCGAAAGAAUCAGUCACUCUCCUGAUGCGACUUAUAACCAACCACUGGUUCUAUUGUGGGGUACUGCGGAGGUCUCAACUGGGUUCAUUUGUAUUUGUCUUCCUCCACUUUCAAUCUUCUUCCAUCGGAAUAAGCCAAGGAAAGGUCCA